CAUACCCUUUCUCACCACAGUUCUAUAUUUAAAUUUACUGCUGCAAUGAGCAAUGCUGGAGUUAAUUUAGCACUAGUGAUCUUCCUAGCCUAUAUGCGAGGCUAUUAUAAAGAGCAGAGCAUGUAGCGUUAUAUAAAUCCUCACUCACUAACUCAUCAUUACAGUUGAUAAAUAACCUGUUAAAAAAUAAAACGCCAGACUGUACUCUGAGACCCUCAACAAUAUUUAUGUGUAACGUUGCGAUAACUUUGUAUCCACUUAGCGACUAGUCCGACUACUCUAUUCCGCUUAAGAAGUGUUGUCUAUUGAAUGUGGCUUUCGGGGACUCACCGGAAACAAAACUUUUUUUUCGACACUAAGUUGUUUCGUUGCUGAGUCGAAAAAGGAAAAGAGAUGAACAGUGCACCGUUACAUAUUACAAUUCGCAGUUCCUUAUUUUCAUCGCGUCAUGUUGGAUUUGAGAAAGUUGUUGGCGAAAAUAAAUGAAAUAGGCCUAACUUCUUAUUGCCCUAGAUAAGGUCCGCAUCGAGUGUUUUGUACUUCACAUAACGGAUCAUUAGUCUUUUUAUCAUGGAAGAUGGCAUUAAAGAAGACCCAGCCAAGCCCAAAGAGGUGAAGUUGGUGGGCCAGGCUGGCUGGUUGAAGAAGUCUUCAGGGAAGUUCCUGGGUGGUUACAAAGACCGCUACUUUCAGCUGGACAGAACCAAGAUUGUUGUGUAUGACAAUGAGGACUUAAAGAACUGUGUGGAGCAUGUGGACCUGGAGAACUUUGAUAAAUGUCAUGAGUUACGCAGUACUUUCACCAAGAAACACAGGCUGAUACUGACGCGGGCGCCAAAGAGUGGGAGUAAGGUCUGUGAUGUUAAACUGCAGGCCCAAAAUCAGGAGGAAAAAGAGGCUUGGAUAAAGGCGCUUAAUGAUGGCAUUAACAGGGCAAAAAAUAAAAUCUUUGAUGAGGUAAAAGUUGAUGAACACUCAUCUUUAGAGCAUGUAACACGGACUCGGCCAAAGGGAAACCGAGGCAGAAGGCCACCAACCAGGAUACACAUGAAAGACGUUGCAAACUUCUCAUCAGAUGGAAUCUUGAGACUCGACCUCGAUGCUACCGGGAGUACACCUAAUGGAACCCAGUUCCAAACUGCUGAUGGGAAUAAGCAAAACAGUACUACUGAAACUCAGGAAGCACCAGGGGAAGCUGCGGGUGAAGAUUCUGCACAGCCGAAAAAAGUCCUGAAGCCACCCAUGCCUCCAUCAAUGGUGACCAAUGUCAGUGAAAGCCAGGAGAGUGACACCAAACCUGAGGAAUUAGCUCCAGCAAAGAUGAUCCUCAUGCCACCAAUGCCACCAUCCAAGGAGCAGAAACCCUCUGAAAAUCAAGAGGAACAGAAGCCAAGUGAGGAGGUGCAAGAGAAGAAGGCUGUGAAGCUACCCAUGCCUCCUUCAAAGGAGAACAAGCCAAGCACAUGUGGCAAUUGGGAGGCCAAUGGGGAGAAAGCUUCAGACAGCAAAGUAGAGUCUGGAGCAGUAAAUAAUCCUAGCAAGCCAUGUCUAGAUCAGGAAGAGCCAGACAAUCCAGAGGCACAUAAAUCUUCUCCAUUCAAUAAGACCACCCACCCCCCUUCUCCACCAUCUAAAGACAUGAAACCCAAGCAGGCACUGAUUAUAAGGGAUAUAGAGGUUAUUCCAGAGGAUAUAGAAGUUAUCCCAGGAAAUCAUGAAGAUGCUGAUGAUAAAGAUAAAACGGAUGUGAAGGAUAACAGUGCACAAUGCCAGGAGGGAGCUGAAGAAGAAAAUACUGUUAAGACAGUGGACAUUGCAUUCACACUCUCAAAUGAUGUUCCAAAACGCCAAGAAGUGAUGUGGGAUUCAUCCAAUUCAGCAUUGGAGGAAGACCCUGUAGAACAAAAUGUAGACAAACCUGCUUGUCCGGACACUGCUACAGUCACUGUUGAACUUGCAAAGCCUUACAUUGAGCUCAAAUUAACCCCAAGUCCAACUCCAGAGUCUGUUCAAAAGAGUCCAGGCCCUCCUGCUCUACCAAAAAAGAAACCUCUUAAACCACCUACUAAAAAGGAGGACAGUGGACCACAGAUUAGACCUGCAGUCUCCAUUAGCAGCUCAGUUCCUGCUGUCGUGUCACCCUCAGUAGAAAGAAUCUCUGAGAAUGUGCCUGCAGUUGAUAUAAAACCAACCACUCAAGAACCAAAAGGUGAGCACAAGGUUGUCAUCCUGUCUCUCAGUAGUGCAGGAGUAGGUGAGGACUCUAACAGAGUAUGUGGGACAGAGGUUGAAGAGAAGUCUGUAGACAGCGGUCAGCUCUCUGCUGAGGAGUCUGAAAAUAGUGACCAAGUAACAUCAUCAGCGGAUAAGUUGCAGGGUAGUUUUCAGGGCUUAGAUGGGGAAACCAGCGAGGAUGACCUGGAACCACUAGACACCAACAUGCAUGGCAUGGAGGAUCCACCUUCAGCAAACCUAAGUGCUCCACUCAGAGGCACUGUAGAGACAUCUGUCUCAAGCCCAUUACCUGCAGCAAAUCCGUGUGCUGAGAUUUUUGUGCCAAACUCCCCUUCCAAGAUACGGGCUGCAUCAGUGGGCAAUCUUAUUGAGAUCAAAGUUUUACCACAAGUAAGUGAUAUGAAGGACUUGCAAAAUAAAGUGUCAGUGGAGCUCAAAGAAACAGUAAAGCUACUGGGUGAAAUAGGCAAUGAGGAAGGCGUUAAAGAUGGAACAGAUGCAGGGAUCCUACUCAGUACUGCAAUGGAAAAGCUUCUGAAAGCUGACCAAUUCUUGAGAGAAGCCAAGAGUAUUAAACAGCUUGAGAACAAGAGGAACAGAACAAGUUGGUAAUUGUAAAAGCUCAAACAUGCUGGGUUAAUAGGGGAUGCUUAAAUGACUGGUUUGUUUACUUAUUUACCCCCUCCCCCAAAACACACACACACAGACACGCACACACACACACACACACAGACAUCUAUCCACUCAUAAAACUUAAACACAAAUGAUCAAGUGCAAUUAUAAUGCUAUUUUACUAUUGGGAUUUUAAUGGGAUGUUUGUCUGUAGUUUCAUGUCUUGGCAUUGGCUGAGCUAUGGCUUCAGUCAUAAAUUUUUUUAAUUUCAUUUAUGAGCUAACUUGAAGUAGAUAAAACACAAUUACAUUUAUGUCUCAUGUUAAUUUUCAAUUAAUUAAAUGAAAUUCCCUCAUAAUCAUGCAAAAUCAUGGAUCCAUUAACAUAUUGAUAAAAAUUUACAGAAAUCAAGAAGAGUAUCGCACAUUUCUUAUGCUUCACAUGAUUCCUUACAGAGCUAUUACCCACAUCUUCUUAAUGUACCACAUUAGUUUACAAACAAGCAGUGCCACUUAGAAAAGUGUUUUUAAAAAGUGCUCAAAAUAGCACACAUAUUCAAGCAGCCUGACAUGGAUUAGAGGAACUAAACACUUCCUGUCUGAUUUAGCACAGAGAUCAAUUUUACACGCAUUACAAUGCGUGCGAGCAAGGCAUAUAUUUCUGCUUUUUAAGAUUUUUUUUAAUUAAAAUGAUCGAUACCUCCAUUUCUUUUCAUCUGCUUUUUUCUACUCAUUAGAGGGUGAGCCCGCAGCUCUGAUGUACUAAUCGUUUGUCUUCUGUUUCUUUUUUGCUUCUUCUUCUUCUUAAACAUCUGAUAUGUGAACAGGGUCUGUCACACAGAGCAUAGUCUCCAGCAGUGAGCUUCAUUUAAUAGUGAACUUAUCAAGCACCAGUUGAAUUUUUCUGUUAACAUAUUUUCUUGUUUCCCUUUUCUAAUUACCCUUAUUACAUAGUAUAAUUUCUGUAAAGAUUUAACUUAGAUAAUUUGCAUCUUUCAACAAAACUGUAAAUACAUGACUACCAAUGAAUUGCUUAAUAUUUAAGUUAUUAAUAUUCUGACAUGGUUUGUUUGCAAUUUCCUUGGAAGUAAAAAUAAGGUCAAAUUUAGAUGCAGACUCCAAUGUACUGAACCAAUGAAUAAUGUUUUACUUCUAAAACUAUAAAGAUCUAGAACUUUAUUCUGUAAUAUAUUACUUGUCUAUGAUUGCAUUUACUAACUGGACUAAUAAAGUUUCUAAAUACCUAUUAAAUCUGCAGGAAUUAAAUAAAAAAUAUUGCUUGCUAAGCAUGUAUUAAUAAAGAUGUCUUCCCUGCUGUGUUUGAAAA